AUGCCUAUUGACUUAACCAUAUCGGACAUCCAUUCCUUGGGUCAGAAACAAGCGUUUGAGACUCUCGCGCAGAUCGCACGCGUUGAGAAAAAGGCAUUCCCUGCCAAUGAGGCCUUCAGUUUUGGCGAGGAACUGUGGAGGAAGAAGCCUAACACGCGGGUCUUGUAUGCGACCAGUCCAACAGCGCCUGGAGGAUCGUCUUUGAUCGCCUAUGCCGUCUAUGUCCGACAGAAAGGAAUAGCCUUAUUGCACAAAAUAUGUGUGGCAGAAGCCUACCGUCGUCAGGGUGUUGGACAGAAGCUCAUGGACUAUAUUCAACACCGGCUAGAAAAGGAGGGCUGCCAAUACAUUCAACUAUGGGUGGAUAAGGCCAGGGACCCUGCACGGGCGCUGUAUUCGCGUGCUGGCUUCGAAGAACGAGAGGAAAUUGCCGACUACUAUGCCCCAGGGCGCACUGGUAUUAGAAUGGUUCUCGAUCUCGAUUGA